ACUCAGAGAGAGAGAUUCGUGUCACGUGGUGUGGAGGCGAUCAGCUGAUUGGCGCAUCACUUCCUGUUUAGUUCUCCCGGUGUUGUCGGAGACGAGAUCAAGCGUCUCGAAGAUUAACCGCUAAUUCUGCGGGGUCUAAACGCAAAUUCUGACAUUUGGGAUAUUUUCGCAACCACAGGCUGUUCAUGAACGGCUCGGAGAGCGAAGAGGACUCGUGUAGCGAGAGGACGGCGCUCAUGGGCACAGAGAGUCCGAGUUUGCAGCCGUAUGACCGGCAGCGUGAGCCGCCCCAGGACCCCGACGCCCCCCGGCGUCAGCCCGUCAGCUCCGACUCGUCAGACCCGAGGCGAGUCCCGCGUGAUGCCGUUCAGGACGGCGAGGACGAGGAGCUGACGUUGAAGUACGGCGCGAAACACGUCAUCAUGCUCUUCAUCCCCGUCACGCUGUGCAUGGUGGUCGUCGUGGCGACCAUCAAAUCCGUCAGCUUCUACACGGAGAAGAACGGCCAGCGCUUGUUUUACACACCUUUCCCGGAGGACCCGAACACCGUGGGCGAGAGGUUGCUGUCGUCGUUUCUCAACACGAUCGUGAUGAUCAGCGUGAUCGUGGUCAUGACCAUCUUCCUGGUGCUGCUGUAUAAGUAUCGCUGCUAUAAGUUUAUCCACGGCUGGCUGAUGCUGUCCUCCCUGAUGCUGCUCUUCUGGUUCAGUUUCAUGUAUCUGGAGGAGGUGUUUAAGACGUACAACGUGGCGAUGGACUACCCGACGGUGGCCAUGAUUAUCUGGAACUUUGGUGCGGUGGGGAUGGUCUGUAUCCACUGGAAAGGGCCACUGCAGCUGCAGCAGGCCUACCUCAUCAUGGUCAGCGCCCUCAUGGCCCUCAUCUUCAUCAAAUACCUACCUGAGUGGUCCGCCUGGGUCAUCCUGGCCGGCAUCUCUAUCUACGAUCUGGUAGCUGUACUGAGCCCCAAAGGUCCUCUGAGGAUGCUGGUGGAGACGGCGCAGGAGAGGAACGAGCCCAUCUUCCCCGCUCUCAUCUACUCCUCUGCUAUGGUGUGGAUGGUGGGAAUGGCCAAUCCGUCUCAAGCUGCUAAUGCAGUAUGUUCCUCAGAUGAGGAAGUGCUUCAUAACGAGGCCGGGGUUUUGGAGAGGGAAGGGGCGGAGCCUGAGAGUCAGGCGUUGCAUGGGCAGAGCAGGAGCCACUCUGUAGAGGAGGACCUGGAGGAAGACAGGGGCGUGAAGCUAGGAUUAGGAGACUUCAUCUUCUACAGCGUUCUGGUGGGGAAAGCAGCAGCCACAGGUGGAGACUGGAACACCACGCUCGCCUGCUUCGUAGCCAUCCUUAUCGGUCUGUGCCUGACACUCCUGCUGCUGGCCAUCUUUAAGAAAGCUCUCCCGGCUCUGCCCAUCUCCAUCACGUUCGGCCUCGUCUUCUACUUCUCCACUGACAACCUGGUGCAGCCGUUCAUGGACAGCCUGGCAGCUCAUCAGUACUACAUCUGAUCCCGGAGACUCGCCGCCGCCGCCGCCACCGCCAAGCCAUAACGAUACAACCAGCGCCCGCCAAUGUGAGAACAACUACAAAGCCUUUAAUUUCCCCUCGUACGUGAGAACGCUGGAGGCAGGACGAGCUGGCGAUCGCCGUCGCUCGUGAAGACGCGGCCGACGUGGCGUCUGUAACCCUGCCACGAUUUCUAGAAUAAAAGCCCUGAUCUGGGAUCAGAUCUCAGCGUAUGUAUUCGUAUUGAUAACUGCAUAUGAGAACUGACCCUAGAUCAGAUGCGAAAGCGGUUCAGCUCAGAGCUUUCUUUCUUUGGCUUCCCUUCCCAGAUGCUCAUCGGAGGUUUAUAUCAAUCUCCACCAAAAAAAAAAAAAAGCCACCAGUUUCUUAAGCUUGAUGUUUUUUAAAAUUUUUUUUAUGUGAAGUAAAAACCCAUGCUAUUAUCAUAGUGCCACAUCUUAGCAGCAAAACUCUGAAAGAAUUGAAGGACAAGUCAACCGUACACGAUUUCCACUUUAGCGCAAACGUUGUGGACGUCGGUUUCUUUAGUAACGGAGCUACGAGGCUAACGUGGCCAAGAAAACAAACGGCGUGUUUAGCAUCACGCAGCCAUUUAGAACUGAUUAGCACCGGAUUAAACGCUAAUCAGAAAAAAACAAAACAACAACAACACGGUUUUCACAUUAAGCGUUGUUAUUUUAUUUAUUUAUUUAUACAGGUUUGGUAGGAGUACUCUUUUAGUUAAUAAGAACUACGUUCUACACUGGACUGGGCGAUAUGACCAGAAAAAAAAAAAAAUCGUAUCACGGUACUUGAUACGGACAUUUCUGCGACACUCGAUGCGUCUCGUUUAGCUCACAAACUGUCCGCGAAACAGUAGAAAAAUAAACGAAAACAAAGCCCCCGAAAUAAAACGGUAAACUGAGUUGGACGAUACUUUUCUUUAAUGUCUUCAAAGACAAAGAUUUUUUAAAAAAUUUUUAUAAUAAAAUUCCCGUAAAAUCCAUUCAGUACCGUUUAAUUUGUAAUAAUUAAAAUCGUUUUUAAAACAAAUCAACACCAUACCAACGAUAUCUCCGAAAAGUGUACCGCGUAAUCAUCUAUCACGAUAUCGAUAUGAUUAUAUCCGUAUAUAUCGCCCAGCCCUGGAUCUACUAUUAAAUCGAUGAACCCAUAACCUCUAGUAGAAUUAUUAUUCCGUGUUGAGCUUCACCACGUGAUUAACACCUCGAUUCAGAAAUCGUGUAAUAUCUCAGUACUUUUACGAUGCUAAGCUCCCAUCGCUCGUUAGCUACGUUAGUAGCCUCGUACCUCAGAACUUCAGGCGCCGGACGUGUCUCGGCUAAUCGACUCCAUUUUAUUUUUUGAAGGAUGUGACGUGGACUGUCCUGUUGACGUUUAUGUUUUAACGGGUUACGACCUCGAUUUCUUUCCGAUAAAACCGGGAAGAAAUCCCUGAUUUUUUAAAAAUUUUUUUCUCUCGUUAGCGUUCAGCAGUUACUACGACGUGACAGCACGCUGAACGAGACGGAUAAUCUCUCGAGCGCUACGUUCUGUUCGAAGGAAAAGUGAAAAGCCGCGACACUCGGUGUACGAGCUCGAGCUCCGUGUCGCACGUCAACUCUUACGCUUUAUUUCCGUGUACGUUUAUUUAUGCCAGGUUGAAAGCGGCGCUCUCGGUCGCCGUGGCUAGGCGAGAAAACCCCGAGGUGUCUCGUUCCGACAGGAAAUUUAACGUCACGACAAAUCCCAAACGAUCCGAUUUAGGGCGGAGUUAUUCCUUAUCCUGUACACUUUGUGGCAUGCUGUUAUUGGAAAAUGAUCAGCUGUGAUGAAGGAUUCAUUAAAGGCGCUUUUUGUCCAUUUACAGUUACACCCAACGGAACAAGUUCUCGCUUACGUUAUAGCAGCUAUAAACAGUCGCUCUCCCUCACCGGAAAAAAAAACCCCGCAGCUUGUCACGUGACUCAUAACUCCGUCCGUCCGUCCGGACCAUGUCGUAAAACGUGAAGUUUUGUAACGUAAAGCUGACUGUUACACAAAGCGCUGAUACUGGAGACUCCUCCCACAAGCGCUAAAUAACAGAAAACAUCACCACAUUGAUGGGGUUUUUUUUUAUUUAUUUUUUUUACGUGGACGGCGUUACCGUAGAAACGAUAACGUGUUUAAAAACAAGCGUGUUUUUAACAUAAACCAGCGGUUCUCGAAAUAUUUUGCUGUUGUUCGGAGCGUUGAAAAUCACAACCCACGCCGUCAAAGUUCGGAUAUUUAGGGGUCCAAGCACCAACGUCAACUCGGACCUCACGUGAGAUCAGGAAUAGAAAGGUUCUACGGGUCUAGAAAAGUGUUAUUCAGAAACAUCUCGAUGACGUACAGGACUUCGUCGAGGUCUUUGUGAUCGUUGCGGACAAAAAAGGCGCUUUUUUUUUUUCCCCUCCAAAAUUUUGCGACGCGACUUGUGCUUUUUUUUUGUUUUCUGGAAAACUACACGUAUCGGCGAAAUCGCAAUCGGGCCAAAUCGUUUUGCAGUGAUCGUUCAUAAACGAGACCUUUUAACCGUACUCGUGUCUGACGCACGUGAAUCGAAGAGGCUGUCUUUUGUCGUGAUGACGUCACGUGACGUGUGAUUUUUAUUUUGCGGUUAAAGGGACACCUGACAAACCGUGCGAGAGCCGGUGUUCUAAACUACUUCAGCGUGUAACUGUAGUCACUGCCGUGACUUUUCCACAUCAUCAUUC